UGCGCAGCUGCCUUAACACAUUCACCAUACAACGCUCACCCUCGCAUUAGGAAGCCGGUUCCACGCUCUUCUGGGGGAGUCUGACAAUAAUACUGGUGAAGUAAACUCAAGAAAUCUGCUCACCGGCUAUACUAGCCAAAGGAGAAGGAAAAUUACUACGACUUAGCCAAUCAUGGCAACCAAUAUCUACAUAGGAAAGCGCCUCUGCUUCGACGCCCGCCUCUGUACCGUCCGCUACUACGGCACUGUCGAAGGAACUAAAGGCGAAUGGCUCGGCGUGGAAUGGGACGAACCAACUCGAGGAAAACACUCCGGCGAACAUAAUGGCACACGAUACUUCACAUGCUUGAACCCGUCACCAACAUCCGCAUCCUUCAUCCGUCCUACCCGCAAACCAGAUCCACCACGCACCUUUGUUCAAGCAUUAAAGUCAAAAUAUGCGUCUGAAGCUGUUACGGAGGAUUUCCAAGAUCCAGAUGUACAUGUGGUUUUCAAUCAUCAACCUCCACAGCUGAAACCUGUGCACUUUAAUGGUAAACCAGCUGAGGAGAUUGGGUUCGACAAAAUCCGGAGGCAGUUGGCUCAGCUCUCGGAGUUGAAGAUUAUCAUCCUGGAUGGGUUAUGCAUGUAUCGACCCGAAGCACGUCAAGAUGAAUGGUUAAGAGGAGGAGAGAAGAAUGAUGUGAGGGAAGCAUGUCCAAAAGCUAUUGAGCUUGAUCUGAGUAGAAAUCUUUUUGAAGAAUGGAGAGAAGUAGCUGCAAUCUGUGAGCAACUACCUGGAUUGAGAAGCUUGAGGGUCGAUGGUAUACGACUCCGCGACACUUCCCUAUCUGGAGAAGAGCGAGAACGCUGUCUCCAGGCCUUCAAAGGCAUCACCUCCCUAAAACUAGAAGAUAAUCUCCUUCCCUGGGCAGAUCUCGCCCUCCUGACCCACCUCUUCCCAGCUGUCACCACAUUUUCCGCCUCCAGCAACCUCUAUACAGGCCUCACUCAGCAUGCCCUCAACCCCACUAUCACCGAUCUGACACUUGAAGACAACCACAUCACAUGUCUAUCAUCGCUAGCAUGUCUGGUAACGCUGCCCAAUCUGCGUCGCCUAAUCCUCAAAUCGAACAAAAUCUCCGAGAUAACUAGCUCAGACGCGUCGAUGUCCAUCUUCCCAAGUACGGUACGAGAAGUGGAUCUUUCGUUCAAUGAAAUUUCAACAUGGGCUUUCAUCGAGCAACUCGUGUACGUCUUUCCUGGUCUCCAAAGCCUACGCGUGUCGCAAAACCCAUUAUAUCAGUCUUUGCAAGCACCAGAUGGAAGGAGCUUGACGGCAGAUGAUGGGUAUAUGCUUACACUAGCGCGACUGGGACAGCUCAAGACGCUAAACCACAGUCCCAUCCACGAGAAAGAACGGCUGAAUGCAGAGUCGUAUUAUCUGUCCAUGAUCGCCAAGGAGGUGCAGUUCGCACCUGAGAGCCAGCGAGAGCAGAUACUGAAAAGCCAUCCGCGGUACAAAUGGUUGUGUGAAGAGUAUGGCGAGCCAGAUGUGCAGCGCUCUGCUAAUGCCGUAAACCCAAACUCGCUUGCUGCCCGGUUGCUCCGCAUCAAGUUCUACCUCGCGGCAGCUACGGAUACAACUUUCGAGACGGAAAUACCCAUGAGUAGUACCGCGUACACGGUGCUUGGUAUCGUUGGAAAACACUUCAAAAUCAAGCCCAUGGCGUGCAAAUUGACAUGGGAGACCGGCGAUUGGAUGUCGGUACGGAAAUCACCGACAGAUAUUGUAGACGACGACUGGGACUCGGAGGACAGCGAGGCGGAGAUGGGUAUGGAGCGUGUCAUGAGGGAGGUGGAGAUUGUGCCCGGCACGAGGUCGAUUGGAACAUGGGUUGACGGCUCGGAGGCUACCGUGAGGGUGGAAAUUAAGUCGUGACGGCUCAAUAUCCUCAAACACUCUAUCAGAUUCUCAAAGAGUGCGAUUUCGAUGAAGCUUCGUUCAGCGGAACCACCAGUUGACCUAGACAACGAUUAAGCGACAUAUUCAGAAAAGAUCUUAUACUGCACUUACCGAAGCAUUUGCGCCCCUUCCAAUCCCCCUAACAGCAUGCCACCAUCCAUGAGGAA